AUGUUAAAGAGAAAAUUCGACCAAUUUAUUUCUCAAGACGAGUGUGAUGGGGAGAACACUUCCGAACAACAAGCAAAUGUUCAGAUGGCUUCAUCAUGGGAGUUGUUGUGUACAAGCAAAAGUACAGCCACAAAUGUGUUACAACAAAUUCAUGUGAAUGACGUUGAUCAUCAUCCCAGCGUUGGACAAGACAGAAUGGAGGAAGGUGAGGACUUUGUUUCGAGCAGUCAUGUCCUGUUUGUUGAAGAAGAUGUUUUUUCUGCCGAUGAUUCUGUGAAUUUGAGCACUUCAUCAUUGGCCGAAAGUAACAACAAAACUGUACAUCACCAUUUGAAUAAUAAUAAUAAUAACAACAACAACAAACCACGACUCUCUCAGUCUAGCAUUGACGAUGAAGAGGCUCCUCCUGAAAUUUUAUGUUCUCCUAACGUGGAGUCUUCUGAAGCCAUAAUUGACGAGAUUUGUCAACAAAAUUUAGCUAUUUUUGUCAAGACCAUAUUACCCGAUGCUGCUAACAAUAAGAAGAGAAAGAUAGAACCAACAACAAAUGAAGAGCCAAUAGAGGUGCAAUUUUUCAAAUACAUCACUAACGGUUAUGAUUUAAUGCCACUCUUGAGCAAAAUUCCUCCCAAUUUUGAUAUUAACAUGAGAAACACAAUUCACCCAUUCAAAGAACAAACAGCAUUACAUAUUGCGUCAAAUUGUGGACUAGUUAAAAUCAUUGAAUUUCUGUUCACACAUUUUGGAUCAUCCAUAGACAUCAAUAUUGAAAAUCUGAAAGGUUCAAGACCUCUUCAUUUUGCAGCAUAUGGUGGCCAUUGCUCUGUAGUUUUAGCACUUGUAAAAUGGGUUGCCCAAAAGUUCAUGGGUAACAGUACCAUCCCACAACAACAAGGAGUGGAAUUUCAGUUUGAAGGCAAUCCAACUGGAAUCAUUCUGACUCCUCACAACAUCCCACAUAUUCAUGAAUUUGUAAAUUCUCUAACGAGAGACGAUAAUCAGAGAACAGCCCUUAUCAUUGCAACUGAGAAGGGGCACACAUCCAUUGUAAAAUUAUUCCUCGAGUUACACACUGCCAUGAGACAAUUAUGUCCAAACCUGGCCGACCCAUCACUCAUAAGCACUUCGACUGGUUAUUUACCAAUUCACAAGGCCGCUUCGAGAAGCAGUGGUAUUGAAAUUUUGCAACUCUUGAUCAACUUCAAUCCAACCACAGUCAACGCCAAAACCCUUAAGAAGAAGUAUCCUCUGUACUUUGCUGUGAAACGAAACGCCAUCAACGCAAUGAAAGUUUUAUUACAAAAUGGUGCUUCGACAUGUGAAUAUACGCCUAGUGGAAAAAAACUUCUUCACAUUGCUGCGUUUAUGGGCAACUUGGAAAUUUGUGAGCUGCUUGUUGAACAGCCUGAUUGCGACUUGAAUGCCAACACCAAUGAUGGUCAUCCUCGUACCGCUCUACACUUGGCUGCCAAGAAAUGCCAUUGUAAUAUUAUCAAGUUACUUCUCGCCAAAGGUGCUAAUGUUGAAUGUGUAGAUUAUUUUGGCAGAUAUCCAAUUCAUGUUGCUGCCUCAGCGGGGGCUGUCUCAGCGAUGGAACUUUUGGCCAACGUGAAUGGUAAAGACUACAUUAACGUCAAGAAUGCAUCAGGUAUUUCUUGUUUACAUUUCGCUUGUGCAUCAGGACAUGAGCACUUGAUUUCAUACCUUAAAAAGAAAGGUUUCAAUUUUGAGGAUGCUCAAGAUGAUAGAUGUAUACGACCCAUUUAUGUAGCAGCUGCUCAAAAUCAACCCAACAUUAUUUAUGAACUUGCAAAAUACUACCGAAAGGAUAUUGAUUAUGUGAAUACCGUGUCUGGUUUUACACCUUUACUCAUAGCUGCAUUCCGUAAUUCUGUUGGUGCUGUGGAAGCAUUAAUUAGAUGUGGAGCUGAUAUUUCAAAACAAAACCAACACGGAAUCACAGCAGCAUACGUUGCAAAAACAAGAAACAACAAGAGAAUUUGCAGCAUUUUGAAUGCAGUGCCAAGAUGUGAAUAA